AUGGAUCCCGAACGAGCUGUAGUAGAUGACGUAGAAAGCAAUGCACCAGCCCCCGCCCAAGGCACAGUGCCUGAAGAGAGUAGACCCGUAACCAUUCAAAAACAAGGAGCACAGGAGUUUAGAGCUAACACUGAGGAUGAUGCUGAGAGAGUCGAGUUUUGGCUCGAGAAUUCUAUUCGGAUGUUCAAGGAACUGUCUUGUACACCUGAUGAGUGUUUGAAGUGUGCUAUUUUGUUGUUGAGGGAUGAUGCCCACCAUUGGUGGAAGACUUUGAUUUCAGUUGUACCUAGGGAGGCAGUUAGUUGGGACUUCUUUCAGGAGGAAGUCUGGAAUAAGUAUAUUAGCGAGAGGUUUAUUGACCAAAAACGUAAGGAAUUCCUUGAACUUAAGCAGGGUCACAUGUUGGUUACCGAAUAUGAACGAGAGUUCGUUUGA